AGCAGAUCAGAGGGAGGAAGGAAGAGGUGAGGGUGUGUGGAUUCAGCAGCUGGCAGACUAUACCUCGUCCCACUACAAAGGCUUCACAACACAGAGCACACAGGGAGCCUUUGAAUCAGGAAUAUCUCCCAUCAGCUUAUGUAUGAAUGAACCAAUUUGUCUCUUCCUUUACUGUGGAAAAUGGUGGGAUUUUCAUCCACUGCUGUUGAGGCUAUGGAGGUGCUGGUGAGUGAGCUGGGUGUACUGCUGAAGAUGCUUGACCAGGAGAACCUCAGCUCCUCCACUCAGGAGAAGAAGACGUCUGUGUGGAACCUCCUGCAGCAGAUACAGCCGUCAGUAUCGGGUACAGACUACAUCUACAUGAACUCAGCAGUUUACAGAAAUGGCACCAGCUUUGUUGAGUCCCUCUUUGAGACAUUUGACUGUGAACUUGGAGACCUAAAGGAUGUGACAGAUGAUGUGAAACAAGACAAAGACACACAAACUGAGACCUUAAAGCAGAAUUGUGCAGACUCCCCAACUUCUCACUCAGCGGACUCUCCUCCCCCUUUGCCCACAACGCCUCCUCCAGAGGAGUACUACGAGGAGGCCGUUCCCCUCAGUCCUGGAAAGAUGCCGGAGUACAUCAUCACAAGAGUCAGGCCCGUCCCUCCGAACCAUAUCGAGGAUGGGUAUGAAGAUGCAGAGAACAACUACCCAGCCACAUGCAUAAACUCACACCGUAAAAACUCCUACAAUGAUUCUGACGCUCUGAGCAGUUCCUAUGAGUCGUAUGAGGAGGAUGAGGAAGAGAGAAGCCCUGGUGUCCGACUUACCCAUCAGUGGCCCUCAGAUGAGAGUUCCAUGCCUCCGGCCAGAGACUGUCGCAUUUGUGCCUUCCUGCUGCGCAAGAAACGCUUCGGUCAGUGGGCCAAACAGCUCACCGUCAUACGGGAAAACAGACUACAGUGCUAUAAGAGUUCAAAGGAUACGUGUCCCUAUGUGGAUCUACUGCUGCCACAGUGCACUGUGGUUUAUGCACCUAAAGACAGCAAGAGGAAGCACCAUGAACUUCGCUUCACUUUACCCAAUGGAGAUGCACUGGUUCUGGCAGUACAAAGCAAAGAGCAGGCCCACAGAUGGCUUAGAGUGGUCAGAGAAGUGAGCGGUCAGUGCACAGGCCCUGAAGAAUCUGCAUCUCCUGUCAUUCCAAGAAAAGCAGAACUUGAUAAGAGGUUAUCAGCUGAGAGGAACACAUCUGAUUCAGAUAGUGUGGGGGUGUCAGCUGGAGAAACCUGCAGAGAGAAUGGUAAGGUGAAACGUGGGGCUUUCGCUGCAGGCCGUAAAAUCACACGUAUCAUCAGCUUCUCUAAGAAAAAGCCCCCACGACCAGGGGACCCUCGUACAGGAUACAACGACCCCCGACAAGGCUGCUUAUCGGUGCUAGUGAACCAGGUGUGGCGGGAACAGUGGUGCUGUGUGUGCAGAGGGUCCCUGCACUUCUACAACGACAGGGGAGACCCUCGGACCUCCCUUCCCACCCUUCCUCUCCAUGGCUGUGAGGUAGUGCCGGGGCUGGGACCCAAACACCCCUUUGCAUUCAGGAUCCUGCGGAACAGCAUGGAGGUGGCCGCUCUGGAGGCAAGCAGCUCUGAGGAAAUGGGACGAUGGCUUGGCAUCCUUUUGGCAGAGACGGGCUCCAUGACGGAUCCAGAGUCACUUCAUUACGACUACGUUGAUGUAGACACCAUCGCUAACAUCCGUGAUGCUGUGCGGCAUUCCUUCCUGUGGGCCACCUCCUCCAGCAGCACCUCCACAGACUCCAGAACAUACGAUGAGGUCCCAAAUGAGGAUAUACAGCAGCAGCAGCAGCAGCAGCAGAAGUCGGGGAAUCAAGAGAAGCGACGUUCAAGUUUCUCCAGCAGCGACUCUGACAGAACCAAGCCAUUAGUUUCCCUCAAGCGCACAGGCUCAACAGACACCAACCAGUACGGACUCUAUGGGAAAACGCGAGCGGAAGAAGACGCCAAGCAUUACCUGAAAGAAAAAGAGGAGCUGGAGAAAGAGAAGAAUGGGAUACGAAAUGCCCUAGUCACCCUCAGAAAGGAAAAAAAAGAGCUGAAGGAAGAGUUGAAGACGGCAACUGAGAGGAGGAAGGCCCUGCUGAACAAGCGCAUAGCCCAGUUAGACGAAGCCUGUCGGGCUAAAGAGGCAGAGAGGGUGGACCUGGAACUCCGGUUGACCCAGGUCAAAGAAAACCUCAAGAAGAGUCAGGCAGGUGGAGCGAUGGGUGCACCUGUGGAGACCAAACCUCCAGUUAAGGCAUCUAGCAAGAAGAUCCAGAACAUCUACAGUGAGUCUUUACCUGUAAACUGUGCCUCGGAGAUGCGUAGGAGGCCUCCAUCUGUGUACGCCUCCUCUACAGGAACUGUCAUGCAGAAAGCCAAGGAAUGGGAGUCAAAGAAAGGAACCUAAAAGUCGUACCAUGAUGACAACUUCAAAAGGAUUCAGAGGAUAUCACCAACGUAGACUUCAGCCAAGAUAACCUUUCACCCUCACCUCAAAGCAAAAAGACUUCCUUCAUUGUGGACUUCUUAGGAAAUAAAUCGUAAUGAAAGACAUCAGCCACUAGGUGGAGGUAUAUUUCACAGAAUAUUUACUUGCCUCUCUUUUUGCCAAGAACUACAGUGCGUGGAUGGGAGAAAUUCAUGAACUGCACACUGUCUGUAUUCAAAUGUUGUUUUGUUUUAACUGACACAGAUUUAAAAAAAAAAAAAAAAAAAAAAAAAGGUGUCUGAAACAAAGCAGAAGAAAGAAACAAGAAAA